CCUCUUAACUCGAUUGAUUUUGCCUUCCUGUACUUCACAUGUGUCCUAUAUGGGAGGAAACAUGGCAGCGUCCUCAAAUGAAGUCCAGGUUGUUCCUGCAAAAAAGCCCACAGUCCGAGGACCACGGCGGGUAGCCAAUCAAAUUCCAGAUGAAAUCCUGCAAGACCCUGAGCUACAGGAGGCGAUCAAAGUCUUGCCUGCAAAUUACAACUUUGAGAUCUACAAGACGAUUUGGCGAGUGAGACAAGCAAAUGCUAAGAGAGUGGCUCUGCAGCUUCCAGAGGGCCUGCAGAUGUUUGCCUGUGUCAUCGCUGACAUCAUUGAGAGGUUCACGGAGGCAGAUACAAUUGUGAUGGGGGACGUGACUUACGGGGCCUGCUGCUUGGACGACUUCACUGCCCGAGCCCUGGGAGCUGAUUUUAUGGUGCACUAUGGCCACAGUUGUCUUAUCCCCAUAGAUGCGACAGCAGGUAUUAAAAUGCUGUAUGUGUUUGUGGAUAUCCAGAUGGACAACGCACACUUCCUGGACACGGUUAAGUUCAACUUCCCUCCUGGACAAUCCUUGGCACUCGUCAGCACUAUUCAGUUUGUGGCAGCGCUGCAGGCUGUGAGUGCAGAGCUCAAGCCAGAGUAUGAUGUGUUAGUCCCACAGUGUCGACCUCUGUCACCCGGAGAAAUUUUGGGCUGUACCUCCCCGCGCUUGGAUCACCAUGUCAAUGCCAUAAUUUAUCUGGGAGAUGGAAGAUUUCACCUGGAGUCAAUCAUGAUCGCAAACCCAGAUAUCCCUGCCUACAGGUAUGACCCCUACAGUAAGGUGUUCUCCAGGGAGUACUAUGACCACGAGACAAUGCGUGCCUUAAGGCUCCAAGCUAUUGACAAGGCUCGAUUGGCCCAGAGGUGGGGCCUGAUCCUGGGUACACUGGGACGGCAGGGCAGCCCCAAAGUCCUGGAGCACCUGGAGUCGAGGCUUCAGUCAUUGGGCAAGUCCUUCACUCGAGUGCUCCUGUCUGAGAUUUUCCCUAGCAAGCUGGAUCAUGCAGAUGUAGAUGCGUGGAUCCAGAUUGCUUGUCCACGCCUUUCUAUCGAUUGGGGCACAGCCUUCUCCAAACCCCUGCUGUCCCCAUAUGAGGCAGCUGUGGCUUUGCAGGAAGUUGGCUGGAAGGAAGUCUACCCCAUGGACUUCUACUCCAAUCAGAGCCUGGGGCCGUGGGCGCCCAACCACCCUGACAACCAGCCUGUGCGGCCCACUCGCAGACAGACCCAGAAACAAGGCUCGGAUCCAGCCCCUCCUACCAAGCAGUGUGGACAGAACCAGUGUGCCCCCUGUGGCUGUCAAAGGGAAUGACACAUCGUGACCAGCGCUGUCUUUGACUUGUGCCUGCCAGCACCUGUGCCUCUGCUAAAGGCUGGAGGGAGGUCAGAGCAGAGGAGGAGACUGGGUAUUUGUCCAGUCUGUCAGCGAGCAGAGCUAAAGCAGGAGGAGCCCUCAGCCCCUCCUCAAAUGGAUUACUAGCCAUAAAUAAUCCCUCUUUUUACAGCACAGCAGAUCAAACCAAAUUCUUUGCUCUUAUUCACAUUCUCUGCAUGUGUUCUCAGCUCAAAAUACAUGCAGCUGAGAGAAUCUUGUGUGUCUGAGCUCACACAUGUUGCUGCUCUGUGCUUUGCCAAGAAAGGAAUUAUUCCUGCACAGAGGAAAUGUGUGGGCCUUUCUGUACUGAAGACACAGCUUUUGUGAUUGUAAGAGAGAGAACGCGCAAGAUGACCUUGAGCGUGUGGUAUGGAAUUAAAGUGUCUGUUAAUAUGUGGGUGGCUUUAGUCAAAUGCAAUCCACUCAUCCUUGGAUAAAGCAAUGAGUUUCCCUUCAUGCUGUGUUUCAAAGACAGUCAUAGAGUAAGAAGCACUUUAAUGUACAGUAACUGUCUUUUUUAGAAUUCAGAAAUGUGGAUAAUACCAUGUGAUGCAUUGUGACAUAGCCUUGUUUCUCUGUCUCGCUUUUAUAGGCAAUUUCUGAAACAAUAAAUCAGAAAUGCAACCUUGC